AUGUCAUCUGGUAAAAGCGCUUUGGUUUUGAGUACAACAGGUGCGGUUGGUAAAUCUCUUUUGAGAGACUUGUUAAAAAGUGGGACUUUCAGAACCGUGACUACGAUUGAGAGCAAAAUGUUUGAGUAUAAUGGGCCUAACAAAGAAGCUCUUAUUCAAAAGGUCGUAAAUUUCGAGAAAUUACAAGAUUAUGAAGAAGCAUUUAAUGGUUCAUAUGAUACCAUAUUUUGUACGUUAGAAUCAGAAUCCACGGAAAAUUACGCAAAAGAACAUAUAAUAAACGCAGCCAAAUUAAUCAAACAACGAAAUCCUAAGGAAUUACACUUUCUUUAUAGUUCCUCGGCCGGAGCAAAUGUAAAUUCAUCAUUUUUAUAUAUGAAAACGAAAGGUGAAAUUGAAAAGGAAUUAUGCGACAUUGGUUUUAACCAAAUUAGCAUAUUUCGUCCAAUCCUUUUUAAAACUGAUAAAAUCAGAGAUAAAGCUGGACUCGUUGAAUACCUUUUCUUUAAUUUGACCCAUUUAAUUGAUUAUGUCUUUCCAAAGUGGGCCAGUGUACACAUUGAUAUUAUCAGUAGAGCAAUGAGAAGGGUUGCUAUUGAAGACUAUGAAAUUGAUGUUGAUACUACUAUCUUGGAUCAUGGAACUCUUCUAAAAGAAAUUAAUCACUUGCAAAUUCAUGAAAUUGGAGAUGCCGAAUAA